AUGAAGACAUCAAGGCAGGUGGGGUCUCUCCCGAGCAGAGUGACCUUGAUGUCCCUUACAAAGAAAGAAAGAGAGGAGAUAGCAGAGGAGCGAUCUCAACAAGGAAAAAUAUUGGAGGAAGAUCAAGAGAAUGCGAAAGAUAUUCGAUUAGAAGCCAUGGAAAAACUGUCUCAAACAAAGAAAGCAAAAGAAAAUUGCAAUGACCCGCCCAAAACGAGUCAAAGAACAAGCAGCAAGGCUAUCUCUUUCCUAAGCGAAAAAAAAAAACAAAACAUGGAUUCCAAACGAACUCAAAUUGAGGAGCAAGAAGUAUGAAAGAGGAAGAAAAAGGUGCGACGAAGCAGAGAAAAGACAUGACAGUAUGAUGCAAAUGUUUGUCUACCAGAAUCAGCUAAUGCUAUCGAUAAUCUCAAAACUGGCUGAUAAA